GAAGUUAAAGCCCCGCGCGGUUUCUGAGAGGAGCUCCCAGUUUCCGCGUGUGCUCCUGCAUGUCCAGCGCCCACCAUGUGGGCCCUCAUCCUGGUAUGGGGCUGCCUCUUGCUCCCAGGUUAUGGAGCCAUGGUGGGCCCCAAGGAGAUCAGUGGGUUUGAAGGUGACACGGUGUCCUUGCAGUGCACUUACCAGGAGGAGCUCAGGACACAUCAGAAGUACUGGUGCAAGCAGGGUGGGUUCCUCCUGUCCCGCUGCUCGAACACCAUCUAUGCAGGAGAAGAUGGCCAGGAGACGACGGAGGGCAGGGUGUCCAUCCAAGACAGCCCCCAGACGCUCACACUCCACGUGACCCUGAGGAAGCUCACCCUGCAGGACUCUGGAAAGUACUACUGUGGGGUCUCCAAACUGGGGCGAGAUGAGUCUGUCCUGGUCUCUCUGCUUGUCUUUCCAGGUCCCUGCUGUCCUCUCUCCCCCACUCCCUCCUUCCAGCCUCUUACUACAAGGAGCUUCCAGCCCAAGGCAAAAGCUUGGCAAACUCAGCCCCCAGAAUUGACUUCUCCUGGUCUCCACCAAACAGUCACCACAGCCAAGCAGGGGAAGACAGGGGCCGAGGCCUCUCCUCUCAUGGGGACCUCCCCGGCCCAGCACCCAGGAUGCUCCCCAGACACAGGAACAUCUCCGUACGCGGGGACCUCUCCUCACGAAGCAACCUCUCCUCAUGCAGGGACCUCCCGCCCACCCACACAACCGGACUUCACCUCCGCAGAGGACACCCCUCUGUCCCCCAGCAGCAGCAGCUCCGUGUCCAGUGUCUCCAUCCCAACGGUCCGCAUCUUGGCCCCGGUCUUUGUGCUGCUGGCUCUCCUCCUGGCUGCAGGCCUGGCAGCCCUCGGCAGCUGUGUUCUCCGCUGGAGGAAGGAAGCUCACCUGGCCACAGAGACACAGAGGAACGGGAAGGUCCACCUCUCACACUUGCCGCUGGAGUACACCGUGAUCAACCUCGCAGGGCCCCCUGGGCCCCAAGCCAGCCCCCCCAGCCCAUGCACAGAAACCCAGGGCCUCAGCCAGACUUCAGAGGAAGAUGAAGCCCCUUCCCAGGACCCGGAGCGGGACAUGAUCCCAGAGCCUCCCCUCCACAUGUCUGGGGAGGAGCUCGGCUUCUCCAAGUUCAUCUCAGUCUAGCACCAAGAGUCCCCUCCAGGCCGGCCCGCACUAACUCCGAUAAGCUUUCCACGACAGCUUCAGAGUUCGCCUGCCAGACCCCGGGCUCUCCUCCUGCUUGCCCAGCCUGAUCCAGAAGCCUUUGUCAGCCCCCAAACCUGCAGUGGUGGCCUCAGUGGUGCCAGCGGGACCCCCGGACCUCCUCAGCAUGUUCGCAUCCCUGGGGGGCUGGGGGGGCGUGUUAUGCAGCCCCCUCGGAGCUCACCAGAGCCAGGCAAGGCUCAGGAGAUCUGGUCUGAGUUUGAAUCUGCUACCAGAAAUCCCCCGUGCCUGGGUGCCCAGCCAAAGACCCCCACCUACUUCUCCCUUCUUUCCAUCCUGACUCAGCACCACUUUCUCUGGCAUAAGUGGGCGAGGAGAAGAAAGAGGAGCGUGCUGGGAAUAGACGGGGUUCUGGUUUCUCAAAAUGUGACUGCAUCCCAGUCCUUCAGGAGGCUGGUUAAAAAUGUGCUUCCUGGGCUCUGCCAAGACCUACCAAGACCCUCUCUGUGGCUGGGCCCAGAACUUUACAUUUCUAACAAGUGUCCAGUGACUCUAAUACUUGAGUUUGAGAAGCAGUGGGCUCAGGUUAAAGUCUACACUUGGUUUGCGGGGUCUCCCGCCUGCCCCCUCCCCAUAGGGUCUGCUCUGCCUACGACACCAUGACCCAGCUGGGGGCUUUCCUGGGCUGGUCUGAGUCCAGGCCCAGGUCAGGUGCCCAUUGGAAGGCCUGAGGCCCCGGGACUGACAGGGAGGGGCUACUUUUCCCGGCUCCCUACCCAGCCGUGCAUCCCAGGCUUUGGAAGGAGGCUGGAGAAAAGCUUGGCUCCUUCCUUGUUGAGAAAGAGUUAAUUGCCUUUGGGUUGGGGUUGGAGGAGUAAGAAAGCACAGGUGCCGGUGGGCAUCUAAAAGGCAGGAGAGAGAGUACAGGGCAGGAACCUAAGAGAAACCUGAAGAUGACCCUGAGUCACCUGGAGAUUGGGAAGGGGGAGGGAAUAGAAUAACAGGACCGCUAUUUUUUUCUUUUUCAACUUUCUUUAAAAAGUGAAGUGGGUGGUCGCUUGGUAUACAAAAGUUAGAAACACAGCGGGGAGGAGAAGAAAAUGCACUCAGGCUCAACCCCUCCCCCCACAAUCCAGCUGCAUUUUGUUGCGUUUCCUUCCCAUUUUUUUUUUAACUCCACAUCGUUCGCUGGUGUUCUCUGACAAAUGAGUUUGUAUAUACAGAUUUAAAUUCUGCUUUCUCCACUGAAUUCUUUCUUUUUUAAGAUUUCUAUCUGUGAAUCAUCUCCACACCCAACGCGGGGCUCAAACUCAUGACCCUGAGAUCAAGAGUGGCACACGCUCCGCCCACUGAGCCAGCCAGGCGCCCACCCACUUAAUUCUUAGAAAUGUUUCUCCAUGUUUCACCAAACUUUAUAAAUAAAAUGUGUAUCAGCUCUGUGAUAUUU